AUGUCGUCUCCCUGCAGAAUAGCAGCUCGCAGCUGCGCCCGCUCCAUCCGCGCCCGCUCCGCCUUCAGACCCUCGACCGCCUUCGUCCAGCGCCGGUGCGAGUCCACGGACGCCGCCGUUAGCACCAACCCCAAGAUUGUCGGCAUCGUCGACCAGAUCAGCCAAUUGACCCUGCUCGAGACCGCCGACCUGGUCACAAGCUUGAAGCAACGUCUCAACAUCCCAGACCUGCCCGUCGGCGGAUUCGCCGCCGCCGCCCCGGCCGCCGCGCCCGCGGCAGCGGAGGAGGAGGAGGCGGCGCCGGCCGCGCAGGAGAAGACGCUGUUCAGCGUCAAGCUGCAGUCGUUCGAGGCCGGGUCCAAGCCCAAGGUGAUCAAGGAGAUCAAGAACCUGCUGGGCCUGUCGCUGGUGGACAGCAAGAAGUUCGUCGAGAGCGCGCCCAAGAUGAUGAAGGAGAGCGUGCCCAAGGACGAGGCCGAGAAGAUCAUGGCCACCCUGAAGGAGCUCGGCGCCGUCGUCACCAUGGAGUAA